ACAAAUUCUGGUGCCACUGCGUUUGACGUUGUUUUUGGAACUAAGCUAUUGAAGUUGGUAAUACUAGAUUUUAUGAUAAUUGCUUCUAGCUGUUAUCACAAUAACUUAUAUCCAGGAUCAGUAAGUAGACCAGUAUUAUCCAAUUCAGAGGCCCAAAAUUAUAUCGAAUUGGAAUAUUUACAAGGUUGGUUACCAGAAAGUAUUCAUUUAAGCGAGCCUGAUUAUUCUGUUGGAUAUGGUGAACCUUACUCUUCAAUACAAACUGCCAUUAAUGUUGCUCUUUCAGUUAAUAUUUCUAGAAGACAAUAUAUUUAUAUUAAAAAUGGUAUAUACCAAGAAACAGUUUAUAUUCCUGCAUCCAGUAUUCCUUUAACGAUAUAUGGAUGUUUGGACGAUGCUGAAGCCGUUCAAAUCAGAUUUAACCAGAGUGCUGUGACAACUGGAAUCGAAUACGCUUCUACAGUAAAUCCAAAUGGAACAAAGUAUAAAACUGGCGACCCUGCUUAUUCAAUGUAUGAAGAGUGCGCUUUAAAAUCUACCUUAGGUACCAGAUGUUCUGGUGUUUUUUGGAUUAUGGGUGAUAAUGUUCAAAUAAGUCACUUAACGGUGGAAAAUACCUCCAAAAAUGGCCAGGCAGUUGCCGUCCAAACCAAUGGUGAUAAAGUUCAGUUUGACCAUGUUAACAUUAAAGGAUUUCAGGAUUCGUUUUAUUUAAAUGGAAAUGGAAGAGUUUUUAUUAACAAAAGCUUUAUUACUGGAGACGUGGAUUUCGUAUUUGGUAGUGCUACGGCAAUUUUUCUAAAUACUACUUUUAUUGCAAGAGAUGAUCGACCAAGGAAUACCGCUAUCAUAUUUGCACCCAGCACACCACCUACCAAAAAAUACGGCUUUCUAGUAAAAGAGUGCACCAUUUCGACAUCUGGCAAUAUUUCUGAAUCAACAGGUUUACAUUUAGCAAGAGCUUGGGAUGGUUCAGAUUAUAUACCAGGAACGUCAGCUAACGGUCAAUUAAUUAUACGAGAAUCAAUAAUCUCGAAAAGCCUUAAUGUUUCUGGUCCUUACAGUCCAGCUACUAGUGGAAGGCCAUUCAUGGGAAACAUUCAAGAAAAUCGAGAUUUAGAUGAUGUUAAUUACAAUCGUUUUUGGGAAUAUGAUAAUGUAGAUCUGGAAUAAAUAUCUCAUACAGAAUGUAUAUGUCUAAUUUAGAAAUUUUACAUAUAUCUUUAACUUAAAUAAAAUGAACUUAAGUACGUAUAAUA